UCAACACAGAACAAACUGAGAGGUAACCUUUCUAUUCUUUUCUCCCAGCCCAUACUCAACCCGCUGCCCGUAAUGUCUCCUUUCAUCUUAGCCAUACUAGUGAUUCUGCUGGGAUCAUUCAUUUGCAGUCUAUGCGCUGCCUCAUUCCGGCCACGGAGACAACGAAAAAAUGACCCGCAGCUACCUCCUGGACCCCCAGCCUUACCAAUCAUCGGUAACCUCCACAUGCUAGGCAAACUCCCCCAUCGAUCCCUUCGUCAGUUAGCCAAAAAGUAUGGACCUAUCAUGUCCAUGAGACUAGGCUCUGUGCUCGCCAUUGUUGUAUCAUCACCACAAGCUGCCGAGCUAUUUCUCAAGACCCACGACUUAUUAUUCGCUAGCCGUCCCAUGUUACAAGCUUCCCUUUACAUGUCCUAUGGCAACAAGGGCAUGGCUUUUUCGGAGUAUGGCCCUUACUGGCGUAGCGUCAGGAAAUUGUGCACUUCACAACUUCUUUCUGCGUCGAAAAUUGAGUACUUUGCUCCGAUGAGGAGGGAGGAGGUGGGGUUGCUGUUUGAUUCGCUGAAGAAAGCUGCGGCGGCGCGUGAGGUUGUGGAUAUUAGUUUCAGUGUGGGAGACCUGAUUCAGAACAUGACUUGCAGGAUGGUUUUUGGGGAAGCUAAAAAUAGUGAAUUUGAUUUAAAGCCGCUGGCUAAGGAGAAUUUGAACUUGGCAGGAGCUUUCAAUAUUGCUGACUAUGUUCCUUUUUUAGGAGCAUUUGAUCUUCAGGGAUUGACAAAACGUAUGAAGUCAUUUAGCAAGGCAAUGGACACAAUCUUGGAGAAGAUAAUUUGUGAACAUGAAAGGGCAGCUCGAUGGAAAAAGAAGCAGCAAAUGAAGGAUUUCGUUGAUGUGUUACUUUCUUUGAUGAACCAACCCAUGACAUCCAAUGAAGAGGUGCUUUACACGCUCGAUAGAACCAACAUAAAAGCUAUCUUAAUAGACAUGAUCGUAGCUUCAUUUGACACUUCGGCCACUAGCAUUGAGUGGACACUCUCAGAACUCUUCAGACAUCCUGCUGCAAUGAAACGUCUACAAGAUGAGUUGCAGACUGUUUUUGGAUUGGAUAAAAUGGUGGAGGAGAAAGAUUUGUUCAAUCUUCCAUAUUUAGAUAUGGUUAUAAAAGAAAGCUCGAGGUUAUAUCCUGUCGGGCCACUGCUACUUCCUCGUAACUGCAUGGAGGAGACAAUAAUUGAUGGGUAUCAUAUACCGAAGAAUGCAAGAAUUAUAGUGAAUGCUUGGGCAAUUGGACGAGAUCCUAAUGCCUGGUCGGAUAAUGCAGAAGAAUUUUUGCCAGAAAGGUUUGCUGAUACAAGUAUAGACCUUCGAGGACACGAUUUUCAGCUUCUCCCAUUUGGUUCUGGGCGCAGAGGAUGCCCUGGAAUGCAACUGGGAUUAACCAUCACUCGAUUUGUUUUGGCUCAAUUAGUGCAUUGUUUUAACUGGGAGCUCCCAGAUGGUGUGUUGCCUAAUGAGUUGGACAUGAGUGAGAUAUUUGGCCUCUCGAUGCCUAGAGCUAACCAUUUGGUUGCGGUGCCAAAGUAUCGAUUGCGUGUUUGAAGUGGCCUGGAAGUAUCCACACAUCAGAAAGCUUGUACGUGUAAUUUUGAGAUUCAGAAAGCUUGUACGUGUAAUUUUGAGACUCAGAAAGCUUGUUUGUGUAAUUUUAAUAAAUGUAUCAUGUUAAGUUUUUCUUA